UAUGAAAUUAAAUUUAAGACUCUCAAAUAUCAGAAAAAAAUAUGAUCACUUUAGCUACAUCCUAUCUGAAUUGAUCAAUCAAGAUAUUAAUAUCUAACUUACUAUAUUUGAUUCAAACCCAAAAACAGAUAUUCUUAUUUAAAAAUUAGAAUUUCUAAACUUUUUAAAUUUGGAUAAUUUUUAUUAAAUAUCAUUACGCGAAUUCUCAGAUAUAAUUAAAUAUGACAAGAACCUUGAAUCAAAUCUAAAAUAAUAUAUUUCAUAGUUAUUUAAUACUCAAAUUAUAUGGUUUAUAUAGGAUUAAUUCAUAUUCACUCAUCUUGAUUGUGAAAAAGAGAUUCAUCAAUUCCUUAAUAAGUUGUUCUAUUGUUAGACUUAAUUUAUAUAAUAUGUAGAUUACAUGAAAAACAAUUAUUAAAUUUAAGCCUAUUCACCUUAAUAAGAGGCUCCUUUAAAAGGUUAUAAAAAUUCCAUUUAAAAAUAGUAAAAUAGUACUCAAAAAUUAUAUACACUCUAUGGAUUUAAAAAAUAACUUAAAUCAUAGGAUGUUUUUACUAAAAAAGUUGUUAGACAUGAAUAAUAAUACAAUAUGCAUUAUGUAUUUAUUGAAUUUUAUGUUCCUUAAAUUAAAGAAUGGAUUGAAAAGUAUUUAUAUACUUAUGUAGAAGUGCGCAAAGGUCAAUAGAUUGUAAUAAAUAUAAAUUUAAAAACAUAAGAUAGAUUUAUAUGGACCAUAUCAUCUUGUUAGUAAAGCUGAAGAAAUAUUAUUUAAAGAAUAUUCUGCUCUUAAUCCAUAUUGUGGAAUACUCAAAUUUAAAGAUCUUGAUGAUGACUCAAUCUAACUUAUGUAAAUUAAAGAUGCUUUGAUUCAAAACUCUUAUUAUGAUUAUGAAGUGGAUAAAAAAAAUUAGAAUUCUUUAGAAGAAUUAGAAAAUUCUUUAAAAACUGUAAAAUCUAAAAUAUUUUCAGCAAUAUUAGUUAUUGGUAAUACUAUAAACAUAUAUUUAGAUUAUAAAAAUGCCUAGCUUUGUGAUAAUGCAAAGUUUUACUUUAACUUUGAUUUAGAUAGAAAAAAUAUCGAAAUUUAAUUAGAAAAGGAAAUUUAUAAACUUGCUUAGACGUAACUUGAUGGAAAAGCUAUAAGUUAUUUUGCUAUUAUUAACGGAGGUUUGUAGCAUUCUAUUUUUUUAAAGAAAUUAAAUGAUGACCUAGAGAUUUUUAGAGAAACUAUUUACAAUAAUAUUUAAAUCAAUUAUUUAAGAAAUUAGAAAAUUGACGUUAUUCAUAAUAUUCAAAAUCAAUAUCAGAUUAAAUUAAAAUUUCAAUAAAACUGUAUCGUUAUUUUAGGAAGAAAAUAAUAAUUGGAUUAUUUUAUUUAAUUUCUUAUGAAAAUUACAUCUCCUCAAGCUGAAAUAAUUGAUUUUUAUUUUUUCAAAAAUCAAUUUAAUUUUAAAUAAAUAAAUUAUGAUUAUAAGGAUAGAUUCUAAAGAAUACUCUAAUAAUGUGAAUGUUAAAGUAUAUUUAACCUUUAAAUUAAUUAAUAGGUUCUACAGAAUAACAAGAAUUAAGAAUUAAAAUUUCAAGCAAGGAUGCAAAUAAGAUAAAUAAAUUAAAAUCAUAAUUAUAAUAAUUAGAAACAGAAUUAGAUUGUUCGAAGAAAACUAUUUAAAUUUCAAUCGAGAAAACAGAAAAUGGAAAUCUAAAGUAAAUAUUGACUUUUUUAUAUUAUUAGUCAAAUUAUUCAAUAAGUAUCAUAAAAAUAUCCAGUUGUUGAUAUUCGAUUAGGUUAAAAUGAUUAUGUUGGAUUGUAAUAAAUUUGUUCUUUUACUAAAAAGCAAACAAUUGUGAAAGUCUACUAUGGAUUACCUAAUUAUCCUUAUGAUGUUGUAAAAGGAGUUUUAAACCUGAAAAACAGUAUGAUUUUAAUACCAAUAGAAAAAAUACAUAAUCAAUUUAAGGAAAAUAAAAUAUUAUGGAUAGAAAAAUUGAUUUAAUAAAAUAAUAUUUCUUUAGUAAAUCAAAAAUAGAAUUCAUCAUUAGAAAUAUUUUAAUAUGAGCUUUAUUUAUAAGAUAAAGAAAUAGAUCCUAAUUAAAUAUAAAAGUAUAAAUAAGAAAAAAUAGAAUUAACUAUUUGUUAUAUUUAUUAUAGAGAUUUAUUGAAUCCAUAAAAUUUUAUCCAUUUUUUCGAAAAACAAAAUUUGAUUAAAACUUAUGGUAAAGCUAUAGACGAAAUUUAAAUUCUGAAACCUUCAUCUAUAAUAAUUAAUAACUUAAUAGAAAAGGAUGGGAAAGAAUUAUCGGAAUUAGUGGAUUACAUAAAAUAAUUAGAUUUGUAUUAUAAUUAAAAAUAAAUUUAGCCCUUAAAUUGAACUCUCAUUUAUGAUAAAUGAUAAAAAUGAUUUGAAUGAAAUUAAAAAAUUACUUAAUGGAAUUUUCGAAGAAGAUAAUCAUAUUGAAAGAAAAAAGGUUUAUCAACUGUCAAUAACUGGUUGCCUUUAAGAUACUAUUGAAUAAGUGAUAAAAGAAUUGAAUGAGGUUUGA